AUGGAAAAAAGUGAAUCGAAGUGGUGUUUUUGGUCUGAAAUAAGGUUCUUCCAGUUGGUCACCUUCCACAGGCCUAUUGGACGCAGCCAAUGGAUUAUUCUAACUAUAAUCAAGGAAUAUAUGCGAAAAAUAUACGAGUCAGAAGGAAAUGGACUCGAAGUUUUUCUGAACGCUGAUGAUUUGGCUCUUGUUGAGUCACGCAAGGAUCUUCCUAUCCAUACGAGAAAUCUUUCCUUUGAGCCAAAGUACAAGAUUAGACCAAAUGUGAAUCAGAUUUUGGAGCACUGGAACCUUUUCUGGGAUAUGAGGGAACUCGAAGAAAUGGAGGAUACAACGGAAGAACGUAGAGCAUUCACUCUACCUAGUUACUACUAUGAAUUGUUGAAGGAGAAGGCAGCAGAAAAUGCAGAGGAAGCGCAAGUUGGUGCUGAAAUUGUUGAGACGGCUGCUCGGAUGGCGUUGGAGAGCAUCGAACGUGCUGAACGUGGCGAAUUUUCUUCGACCACUUCUUCUGAACUUUAA